AUGUACGCCGCUCAGAAUAUAACGCCAACAGUUUUGGAUGCCAUGAAUGGAAAUGUUUCCGAAUGGUAUAACGAAUGCGACAAUGCCAUUAGAAGGUCAGAAAUAGUUCCUGGAACUUACGAAUAUACAACUGCUGUUUCUUAUGGAAACGUAGGUGAGUUUGGAGAAGGUUCUUCAACAACAGUAGAUAUUGCUUGCGACAGGUUUCAUAUAAUUUCUAUUGACAACUCAUUCUUAUACGUGGAACAAGACAUUGAAAUAAAACCUUCUGCCAAGUUGUCUGACAAGAAAGGUUGCAAUGGAAUUUUCUAUGUCGGAUACCAAUAUGCUCCAGAAGUUUUCAUGGGAUAUAAGAUAUAUUCUAACUCUGACUUAGUUCAAACAGUAACAUGGGCAAACUAUGAAUGGUUCGCUUUGAGAAACUCAGUACAACCACAAGCUAGAGAACAAACAGACCAGUAUGCAACUAUUGAGAAAAUAAGAAGACUUGACCCUAACGUUCCAGGAGUUUAUGUUGACCUUUCUGGACAAACUGCAGCAGCAGUAACCAAAGUAAAAUUGAAACUUAGAGUUCCUUUGUCAUCUUUCCUCAUCUUCAGGUUUUUAAGAUACUUGCCAAACUGGGCAGGAAAAAUUUCUAUCGAACUUACUCCAAGCAAAAAUAACUUAGUCAUUGCACCAACACAAGACCCAUUCACUCUUACAGACGUAAAGGGAGCAAAUCAAACGUCAUUCGCCGAAUUUUGCAAAGACAAAGUUGACUUAGACUUUG